AUGGCUCGAUUUAGGCACCAAGAAGCCUCCUCUUCCACUUCUUCUCCUUCUCUAUGCUGUUAUGACGUGUUCUUGAGUUUCAGAGGCGAAGACACUCGAAAGAAUUUUACCGACCAUCUCUAUACAGCUUGUGUGGAGAAAGGCUUUAACACGUUCCGGGACGAUGAAGAACUUGAGAGAGGAGUAGAUAUUAAGCCAGAAUUGAAGAAAGCCAUCCAACAGUCACGUAGUUCUGUCAUUGUAUUUUCAAAAGACUACUCGUCGUCCAGAUGGUGCCUUGACGAGCUUGUCUUCAUCCUUGGGCAGAAGAGGAUCUCGGAACACGUAGUUUUACCUGUCUUCUAUGACGUUGAUCCUUCCCACGUGAGGAACCAGACAGGAUGUGUUGCAGAAGCAUUUGCUAGGCACGAAGAAAAUCAGCUAUCAACGAACAAGGUCAAACAAUGGCGGGCAGCACUGAGAGAAGUUGCAGAUCUAUCCGGGAUGGUCUUACAAAACCACGCUGAUGGGUACGAAUCAAAGUUUAUCAUGCAAAUUGUUAAAGUGAUUGACAACAAACUCAGUCGCACGCCCUUUGCUAUCGCACCCUACCCGAUUGGAAUUGAUUCUCGAGUUGAAACUAUUAAUUCAUGGUUACAGGAUGGAUCAACCGAUGUUGGAAUACUUUUAAUUAAUGGAGUUGGGGGAAUUGGAAAGACAACCCUUGCCAAAUUUGCUUACAACGUAAACUUUAGGAGAUUUGAACGAAGUUGUUUUCUUGAAGAUGUCAGGGAAAUUUCAAACCAACCCAAUGGUUUAGUUCACCUACAGAUACAAUUCCUUCACCACAUUAUGAGUGGAAGAGAAGUGAAAAUACACAGUGUCAGUGAGGGAGUAAAAAAGAUUAGAGAUGCCAUAAUCUCUAAAACAGUUCUUCUUGUUCUUGAUGAUGUUGAUCAUAUGGACCAGAUAGAUGCAAUAUUUUUUAUGCAAGAUUGGUUUUGCCCUGGAAGUAAAAUCAUGAUAACAACUAGGUGUGCGGGAUUAUUAAGGGGUCAUCAAGUAGCUAAAAGCAAAGUUUAUGAUGUUGAAACUUUGGAUGUGGAUGAAUCAUUACAACUCUUCAGCUGGCAUGCGUUUGGCCAGGACCACCCAAUUGAAGGUUACAUUAGUCUGUCGAAAAGGGUAGAAGAUCAAUGUGGAGGACUCCCGUUAGCUCUUCAAGUUUUGGGUUCAUCACUAUCAGGACGACGUAUAGAUGUUUGGGAAAGUACAUUGGAGAAAUUAAAAACUAUUCCAGACAAUCAAAUCAUCAAAAAACUCAGAAUAAGCUACGACGGUUUACAAGAUAACCCUGAUGACCAAAAUUUAUUCCUCCAUAUUGCAUGUUUUUUUGUUGGACAAGGGAAAGAUUAUGUUGUUAGAAUACUGGAUGGAUGUAAUUUCUUCACAAUUGUUGGCAUUGAAAAUCUUGUGAAUAGAUGUUUGGUAACAAUUGAUGAUGAAAACAACGUGAAGAUGCAUCAAAUGAUUUGGGACAUGGGAAGAGAAAUUGUUCGGCUAGAAUCAAAGGCACCUGGAAAACGUAGUAGAUUAUGGCGUGAUAAGGAUUCUUUUGAUGUAUUAAAGGAAAAGAGUGUAAGAAAGAUUCUUCUCUCAAGAUGCGAUUUUUCUUGCACAUGCAUAUAUCCUUGCUGGUUACUUAUCCAACUGUUUUUUUUUUCAGGGUACAGAAACAAUUGA